UACUUUAGAAAAAAAAAUAAUGAUUACGAAAGAAUCUUUGGAGUGAUUUAUUUGAUGACAGUUAGAACAAAAAGAAACGACUGUACUUGAUCCAAAGCCCACCAGUCAAAGUUGUCUCUAUCACUGCGUCUAGCGCUAAAAGAGGCGAUCCCAUUGUACGGCCCACUACCGUGUUUCCCGGUUAGCCCACCCAAUAAGAAAUUCCUCACUAUUCCUUCAAAACUGAAUUCUCUUCAAUUUCAUGCGCGAAAACGAGUAAACAAAAUCCCAUUAUAGAAGCUCACUUACUCUCCACGCGCCACCGCACUCUUCGAAUCUUCUAGAAACAUGGAGCAACAGUCCAAGGCGGACACGGAUUCCACGGGCCAGGAGGAUCCGAAGCCGAAAUCCGUACCCAAUACGAAUACCGGAGAUAAUCAUCUUCGUCAUGCACCAAAUGGAGACGCGAAUGAGGGCAGCGUCGCGACGGGAUCGGAUUAUGAGACUCUGGUUCAGAGUGGGGGUGAUCAGUUGCAAGCUCCUAGCCUUACAGGCUCCGUGAGGAAAUCGGUCCACUGGAGCCCUGAAUUGGUGAGCGAAUCUCAUGCUUCUCGUAACAACAAUAGCAAUGACCAUGUUUACUUUGACGGAUCCAAUCCCUACGUUUCUUCAUCUCCUGCACAGUCCUCCUCUUCCUUUUCCUUCAAAGAUACGAUGGGAACCGUGCGGGAUGUGCUAGGAAUAUGGGGAAGAAAGAUGGGAGAAGCUAGCAGGAAGGUUGAGGAUCUCGCUGGGAACACAUGGCAGCACUUGAAGACAGCACCUAGCUUUGCAGAUGCUGCAUUGGGAAGAAUUGCUCAGGGAACAAAGGUCCUAGCAGAAGGUGGUUAUGAGAAGAUCUUUCGGCAGACGUUUGAAACAGUUCCUGAAGAGCUACUCCAAAACUCAUAUGCAUGUUACUUAUCAACAUCAGCUGGUCCAGUUAUGGGGAUUUUAUAUAUAUCUACAGCCAAGCUCGCAUUUUGUAGUGACAGUCCCCUUUCAUAUAAAUCUGGUGGCCAAACUGAAUGGAGCUAUUAUAAGGUGGUCAUACCAUUACAUCAGCUUAAAGCUGUCAAUCCUUCGUCAAGCAGAUCAAAUUCUGCAGAGAAAUACAUUCAGAUUAUUUCUGUUGAUAAUCAUGAAUUUUGGUUCAUGGGGUUCUUAAACUACGAUGGUGCUGUGAGAUAUCUACAGGAUGCUUUGCAAUCCCAUAAUCUACAGUCAGUGUGAUACUUGUCCCAUCGGGCCUAACUCUUUGCCAUCACAUGGUCUUUAUCUUACAACCAGAAGUUUUCAACCUGUGCUGCCAACUGCUAAUGUGAUAACAGCGCAUGUUGCAAUUCUUGGGAAAAUUUUCUUUGUUCCUCUAGGAAUGAAAUUAGGUAAUUGUAGAUUUUAUGAACAUUUUUGUGACAGCAACUAGAAUAUAUAUAAAUAUAUAUGUGGUUGUAAUUUGCAUGAUACAACUCAUUGGAAAACUUCUUAUUGAAUGAGUCUUUUGUGAGAUUAGCUGUUACUUUCA